UGGUACUUGCCUUGGUUGAGAAAUUUUUGCUUCCUGCAUACACAUCCAGGGACAAGUUGACAGAAAGAAAGAGGGUUCGCUCGCUGUGAAAGCCAGGACAUUGACAGUAAUGUUACCAUCUAGUACAACCAAAAUAAUAGUUAUUCUAUAGAGGAGAAGGAUUAACUUUCGAUUGCACGGACGAACAUUUUUACGCAUUCACUAGCCAAACUGUUCACGCACACCGUAGGUUUUGCAGCGAAGAGGCAGAGGGAAAAGAAGACAGGCUAUUAAACCCGUUCGUUUGAAACCAUUUUUUAGCUAACAUACCUCCGUGAUGUCGGAGCGAGGAGGGCUCCCGCGGACUGGAGGUGCACCCUCCCUGCACGUGCAGCCCUCCAAACCUGUCACGAUCACCUCGAAUCGCCCGGUCCACAUGAACCUCUACGCCACCUGGGAAGUGGACCGCUCUUCGCCAAGCUGUGUGCCGAGGCUGUUCAACCUGACGCUGAAGAAGCUGAUCAUGUUGAAGGAGCUUGAUAAAGACCUCACCUCCGUGGUCAUCGCUGUCAAACUACAAGGUUCUAAGAGGAUCCUGAGGUCCAAUGAGAUAUUGUUGUCUUCCGCGGGGCUGACUGAGACAGAUCUUCAGCUCACCUUCUCUCUACAGUACCCCCACUUCCUGAAGAGAGAUGCCAACCAGCUCCAGAUCAUGCUCCAGCGACGUAAACGUUAUAAGAACCGAACCAUCCUGGGCUACAAGACCCUGGCUCUGGGACUCAUCAACAUGGCUGAGGUGAUGCAGCACCCCAGUGAGGGGGCCCAGGUGUUGGGACUCCACAGCCAGUUGAAGGAGGCCUCUGUACCCGUGGCGGAGGUCAGGGUCUACUCCCUCUCCAGCCAGCCCAUCGACCACGAGGGACCCAAGGCCAAGAUGUCUGAUCGUUCUCCAGACAUUGAUAACUAUUCUGAGGAAGAGGAGGAGAGCUUCUCAUCAGAACAGGAGGGCAGUGACGACCACGGCCAGUAUCUGUAUGAUGAAGAGGAUGAGGUGAGGAAGAAAAAGCCUAGACGGAAGCUCACCUCCAACGCCUCCAUCACUAGACAACCCAACAUCAAGCAGAAGUUUGUGGCCCUGCUGAAAAGAUUCAAAGUUUCAGAUGAGGUGGGUUUUGGUCUGGAGCAUGUCUCUAGAGAACAGAUCCAGGAAGUGGAGGAGGAUUUAGAUGAGUUGUAUGACAGUCUGGAGAUGUACAACCCCUCUGACAGCGGACCAGAGAUGGAGGAGACGGACAGCAUCCUCAGCACACCCAAACCUAAACUCAGGCCGUUCUUUGAGGGGAUGUCUCAGUCCAGCUCUCAGACAGAGAUCACCAGUCUGAACAGCAGAGGGGGGAGCCUGGGACGUGACGCCUGCUUCAACCCUCAGGGGGAGCAGAUGAAACACUCUCACAGUCGUAACCUGGAGGUAGAGGCCCUCUCCGAGACAGACACACUGGAGUUGAACGAUCAGGAGAUGUUUCCAGAGGGCCCCUGCAUUAAGGUGUCGGUGGCUGAGAAACCCUGUACACCCCUGAAGAGCAGUAAGAGUGAAGGAGGACAGACUAUGCCCUCCCCCAGGUUGGACGGCGGAGGCCACACCCCCAAACAGAAGAGACAGAGCAAUACUCCUAUGAAGGAGAGGCAGCUGUCUAAACCAAUCAGUGAAGGGGCGAAGACCAACAUCUCUGACAGCGAGAGGUCCCCCGAACUGGGACGCAGCUCACAGGUCCUGAGGAAGGCGGUGUAUGAUCAGCUAAACCAUGUCCUGCUGUCUGACUCUUCUCUUCCUGAGAGUCUCAUCCUGGUCAAUGGCACCGACUGGCAGGGCCAGUACGUGGUAGAGCAGCUGCAGGUACAGAGGCACCCGGUGGUGUGUACGUGUUCAGGAGCUGAGAUCCAGGCGGUGCUUUCUGCUGUCCUCACACGCAUCCAGAAGUUUUGUAACUGUAACUCGUCCAUGCCCAGGCCAGUCAAGGUGGCAGUGGUGGGCAGUCAGAGCUACCUCAGUGCCAUCCUGCAGUUCUUCGUCACCCAGCUGGCCAGCAAGACCUCUGAUUGGCUCAGCCACCUGAGGUUCCUGGUGGUGCCCCUGGGCUGUCAUCCUGUUGCUAAGCACCUGGGUGCCCUAGACAACCGUUACAGCUCUGCAUUCUUAGAUGGGGCGUGGGGAGACGUGUUCAUCCACUCUGAACCCCCACAGAAAGUCCAGUUGGACGUGGCAGGUAGGAUCUCUCAGUACAUCAGUGGCGCCACGGUCACACACCAGCUGCCCAUCGCUGAGGCCAUGCUUACCUGUAAACACAGGACGCACGAUGAAGAUUCCUACCAGAAGUUCAUUCCCUUCAUUGGGGUGGUGAAGGUUGGUCUGAUUGAGCAUGGUCCAUCCUCUACUGGAGACACAGAAGAGUGUGUGGCAGUGAGCCUUGCUGUUCCCUCUACAUCCCCUCCCUCCCACAGCUCUCCCGCUGGGCUGAUCAAAGAGGCUGCCACUCCCCCCUCCUCUCCCUCCAUGGGCAGUGUUCAGGCAGUACAGGGGAGCCCCAGUAUGCCUCAUGGUGUGGACACCAUCGGGCUGCAGGUGGACUACUGGCUGGCGUCGCUGGCGGAGAAGCGACGUGACGGGGAACGGCGUGACACGGGGGGUAAGAACACCCUGAAGAGUGCCUUCAGGUCCCUGCAGGUCAGCAGGCUACCAGGAGGGGGCAUCAGUGAGACCCAGGCCCAGGUCAGCACCAUGGCCAUGACGGUGGUCACCAAGGAGAAGAACAAGAAGGUUCCCACCAUCUUCCUGGGUAAGAAACCGAAGGAGAAGGACGUAGACUCUAAGAGCCAGGUCAUCGAGGCCAUCAGCAGACUCAUCUGUUCUGCCAAGCAGCAUCAUACCAUGUUGAAAGUGUCCAUAGACGGAGUGGAGUGGAACGACGUCAAGUUCUUCCAACUGGCCGCCCAGUGGCCCACGCACGUCAAGUACUUCCCUGUUGGACUGUUUGGUUACAGCAAACCCCCCUCCUAGGGUCCUUUACCCCUCCCCCUUGGCCCCCUUGCCUCAGCCAGUCCCGUCCCACCUACGCACACAGACCCCGCCUCUCAGAACGCCAUGGCACUUGUAUUGGUCAGUCACGUUGGAGGGUUUUUUCUAUAUUUGUCUUAUUUCUCUAUAAGGAGGGAUGGAGGGAAGGGGUGGAACGCUACUUGUCACUUUAAUGAAUUAAAAUGCCCCUCUCUCCCAGUGUGGUGUGUGUAUGAGGGGAACACAGCACAAGAUAACUAACUGCCGUUCAACUAACCGUAACGAUGAGGUGCAACCCCACGAAUAACUCCCAUUAUGAACCCUUGACCCCUGACCAGGUCUCUUAUCACAUCGAACCUGCCAACGGUCAAUCCGUGCUCUAACCCAGGCCUGCAUGCUGUAAACUCCACCACCCACGUGCCAGUUAUAACAAGAACAUCAUAUUGUGUUAACAGUAAUGACAUGGUUAUUAUGGGGUAUGGAGGGGAACGGUGCAUGACAAAUGGAACAAACAACAGACAACACCUACAGUAGCAUUGCUUUUCCUGCUCCCUAAAUACAAGAAAAAGCUUUUUUCUCACCAAUGAUAUACGUUGAUAUGAUAUGCAUAUGAAGAGUAAAAAAUGGAAACGUUCCGCUUUGAUGUUGUAACAACAUUGUAACUUUCUGUGGACAGCACAGUCCAGUCCAGUCCUCCAAAUUCAGAGCUCACUGUUUGUCCAAACUCUACUGCUGUCUGUAAGGCUUGUCCCUUUAUCAAUCAGUUAUUGUGGUCAGCAUUGUUCUCUUGAUUUUAUUAAAUGACAAUGUGUUCUAAGCAACACACUAGUCCUCUUGGCAUCUAAAAUGAACGCUGACCAGUCGGGAGUAACUUAGCGCUGUGUCACCUGUAGCCCUAACCCCACCUGUAGCCCUAGCCCCACCUGUAGCCCUAACCCCACCUGUAGCCCUAACCCCACCUGUAGCCCUAACCCCACCUGUAGCCCUAACCCCACCUGUAGCCCUAACCCCACCUGUGCACUGUAAAGUAUUAUGACCAAUGUCAAGUAUUACAAUGCCAUUGUGUCCAAUUUUGCUGUUAUUAUUAUGAUUUUCAUGGUAACUUGGAGGUAGGAGGUUCCUCAGCAGUGACGUCAACAUCUCGUGUAACUAACUCAAUAUCUGUCCCUGUUCUCUUUUUUUUGGGGGGGGGGCUCUUACAAAGGAAGGGUUUUGCACCAAGGCCUUCAAACUCACUGAGAAUGAAUACACAGCUAUGCAUGUUCCACAAAUAAGUCUGAAUGAUAGCAUGCAAAGAUUUCACAGUACGAGGAUGCAUUUCCAACAGUCAUUGGAGAUAUCCCCUGAACUUCAUUUGAAUGCAGAUAAUAUUCAUUGAUGGCGUCUUCGUUUAUUUGAUCUCACUGUCGUCAGAAGCUUCAUUAUUUAGGAACACUCCAUUUUUGGAAAUUUUAAACCUAUUUUAUCAGUGAAUGUCUCGUUUAAUUCGAGAGAGAAAAGAACUGAUGGCAGGAGAGAUAGCGGACUGUUAAUUUACAAAUGAAACACUUUUUAUAGGCCAGAACCAGCUGUUACUUCACUAGAGCAUUUUCUGUUGUUCUUUGAACACAAACGCACCAUAAUAAUCUCUCUCCAAACUCCAUAGUCAGUUGACUUUGUAGCCUGUGAGCUUGGAUACUUUGUGCAACUUCCCUUGUGAGUACCAAAGAGAGAUAUGGCCAGGGCAGUGGCACUAUUCAAAGCAGACCAUCAAACUCUGCUGCUCGUAUUACGUGUCGCUGCCCACCAGCCACGGGCUUAGACCCAGACACAUAUCUUCAUCUGGACUUGGACCCAUCUUUUAACUGACUGUAUCUAUGUAUGUUAUGUACGUGGUUGUAUCUAUGUUGUGUAGAUGUCUCCUUAACCACAGAUCUAGGAUCAGAUUACCCUGCCCUCCAGUUCUAACCAUAACCAUUAGGGGGAGUUAAAACUACCUGACCCUGAAUCAGUCGUUAUGGGCGACAUCUACUGCCAGAGCUCCAACUGCUCUUUGCCUUGUAGCGUGUUAUUAGCAUAAUAAGGAGUGUAAGAUAUGAUUCUAUUUGAACUGCUUUCUUUUCAUAGGGGAAUCGUAAGUAUUCAACGAACGGGACAGACAAAAAAAUCACUGCCAAAAAUGUCUGUUACAUGGAUAUAACAGCCAAGCUGACGAGAGGGUGUAGAUAUAGGUGUUCAGUGUUUUUGGUGACAACAACAAAACAAAACUUUAAAUCAUGAUUCUUGUUCCAAAAUAAUGUAUUUCAAUGUUAGAAAAAGAUGAUGUUACCAUGAAACAUUCCACUGUUUUACUCUGUCUCUCCUCUCCCCCUGUUCACAGUUCAGUCCCUGUCUUUCACCGGUCUCACCGUUUACAUGUUUGUUGUUUUUCCUACCUUCUCCAGGCCUAUUCUUCCUGCGUGACUGUCGUCUCUAACUUGACCUGCUGUGUGUUAACCUGUGUCUCUAGCUGUACUGACCUGUGGUUGCUGUGAUGGUCUUCAUGACUAACGUAUAGGGACAGGGUUGUGACUAAAGGGAGUAUAGUCUACGACCGGAAGUUACUUUUCAUAGCAGGUUAGGAGAAAAUUUGAGCUAAUCCUAACCUUUUUCCUAACCUUAACCUAAGUAUCCUAAUCUGCCACUUUAAUUAUCCUAACCUAACUGUUCCUAGGCCGUCAUUGAAAAUAAGAAUGUGUUCUUAACUGACUUGCCUAGUUAAAUAAAGGUCAAAUAAAAAAAUAAAAAACCUGCUACGAAAAAGUAACUUCUGGUCAUAGCUGUACUCCCUCCAGUCAGAACCUAGGGACAGCAGUUAUUCCUAACCAUGUGACUUAGAACAACUCUGGGCCCUGGUUAUAGUCUAUACCAGAGACGGAAGUGGAAGCAAGACAUCUCGCUCCCUCGUUUUUUUUCUGGUUCAUAUACAGUCAAUUAACUAAGUAGACCAGACCCAGAUAUCUUCAUUUAUCCACCGUCUUUGGUCUAAACCUAUAACCAGGGCCCAGACUUCCUGUUCAGGUCACAUGAUCCUGAAAAACACCUGUCCCUAGUGGAGGGAAGAACAAUAUGAUAUAUUAAUAAAUCCCUUUAAUUAUCAAUAAUCUCCUUCCUCUCCUCUAUCAUCACAAUGUGUUUCAGAACAAAUGGAGUGAGAGGUCUAGAACAAACCGUAAGAUCUAGAGUCUCUGUCAGGAUUCCACAAGCUUUGCUUCUAAUAUAACCCAUUUGAAAGGAUCUCCCUGCUUGUAACAUAGCAGCCUAUCACAGAAGGGAAUCGUUUUUUGUGUAACACUGCAUAGACCAUAGUUAUGCUUGGUAGCUAGUAGUUUGAGGGGAGGAUUCUAACGCUUGUGGAUUUGGAGAGUAUUUUUGCACAUGCCAUUGUUUCUUCAGCAGCUUUUUUUUUGCCUUUUGCCUAUAAACAAUAAUAAUGCUUGUACAUACAAAACAAAUGUACUUCUGUAAUGUAUCGUAGUCCUUGUUUUUUAUUUGAAAUCUUUUGUAGUACUGCUUUUUUAUGUUUAUGUUGUGUGAUGGAAAAGUGGAACUGUUCAUUGUUUUUUAAAUAAAUACUCCUGAUUUUUAUGUC